UCGGUCGGGCGGAGGAGGAGGAGGAGGAGGAGGAAGAGGAGGAAGAGGUCAUUUCCACAGCGGGGGCACCAAAGGAAACAAGGAUCUAUUACAAGAAAACCCAGUGUUCAUCGCUCAUCUACUGAUCGUUAUGGCGACCAUUGUGAUGGAGAGUAUCGGGCGGGUGUUCAUCAGCCUGCAGCAGAUCAGAGGGGUCCCCCGGAUGCUGACGGAGGCCGCCCCCUCCAUGCCCGGCACCGUGCGAGACUCCGAGGUUCCCCACUACUUCCGGGAGCGCUACGUCUGCAACGGCUACCGGCCACUCAACCAAAAGUGGCGCUACUACUUCCUGUCGUUGUUCCAGCGCCACAAUGAGACCAUCAACGUCUGGACCCACCUGCUGGCGUUUUUAGCCAUCCUGGUGAAAUUCCGUCAACUUGCCGAGACUGUGGACUUUGCAGGUGAUCCUCAUUCGUGGCCCCUGUUGAUCCUGUUCCUGUCCUCGCUCACCUACUCGGCGUUCAGUGCUGUAGCUCACCUGCUGGGUGGCAAGUCUGAGCUGUUUCACUACUUCUUCUUCUUUCUGGACUACGUCGGGGUGGCGCAGUAUCAGUACGGCAGUGCGGUCGUUCACUUCUACUACGCUGUGGAUGAGAGCAUGCACAGACUCGUGAACGGGAUCUUCAUGCCCGCCGCCGCCUUCUUCAGCUGCAUGUCCUGCCUGGGAUGCUGUUACGGCAAGUACUGCAACCACAGCCUCCCGACGUGGGUGCGCAAGGUGUGCCAGGUGGUGCCCUCGGCGGUUGCCUACAUGUGGGACAGCAGUCCUGUGGCUAAACGACUCAUGUUGUGGUCUACAUCCGGCGACGACCCAUCCCUCAUCUACCACUUCGGCCAGGUCGCCUUCUUCCUCAGCUCCGCCUUCUUCUUCAGCUUCCCCCUGCUGGAGCGCUGCUUCCCCGGACGGUGCAAUUUCGUGGGACAGGGUCAUCAGGUGUUCCACGUUUUUCUGUCCUGCUGCACCCUGUGUCAGAUCCACGCGUCCCACCUGGACUACGUGGGCCGCAGGGAGCUUUACUCCAGUCUGCACGGGGGCGGUGAGGCCGCCGUCUUCGUGGGACUGUACGCCGUCACUUUGGCUGCAUGCAUGCUAAUCGCUGCCUUCAUGCUGAGGAAAGCUAGAUGCGUGAUAGAAGUCGAGGCCAAGAUCAAAUAAUGUAUUAGAUGUUGUAGGAGCUACAUGCAGAAGCGUUAAUGUGCCUUUCCUUCCAAGACUAGCUACUUUGAUAUACAGUGAACUAAUUAUUCUGUUUAUGCUGCUGGCUUGACUUUGGAUUGACGAUGGAUACAUGAUGUUAGGAGUUUGUACUUUGGUACCAAUUUGUGUUAGAAUGUUGUGGAAUCAUUCAUAGUAUCAUGGAUCAGCAAAGGGUCGAGCUUUUUCUAAAAAAAUAAUGUAUUAAAUCUAACAUAUUACAUAUCAGUAUGCUGUUUCUGAUAACCAUACAUGACAUGCAGUCGGAUAUUUUUUCAAUUAUCUGGUUUUGGAUUUUUUUUCUUUUAUCCUACAAUACUAGGAUAAUAUGUGGAAUAACAUGGGAAAUAUGGAAUUUUUUAUAUAUUAUAUUCUGAAAGUCACUGACAUUGAAUAACUGUUUUUAUUAUUUCUCCCGAACUAAUGAACUUAAAUGUUUGCUUAUCUUUAAUUCAUAAUUAUGGAAGUGGCUUAAACGUGUUAUUAAUUAAGCUCACAAUUGAACUUCAGACACUUUAAUCUAGUAAUAAUCAAAUAAAUAACCAUUUUACAGAACAAUUUUACUACAUAUGGAGCCUGUCGUUGUGUUUGUGCCUUAGGAGACAAUUGUUUCCACAUUUUAUGUAAAGUUUAGCCUAGAGUUGGUGCUGACUGAGUAUGACCUUGUGAAUGUUAAUGUCCUCAACCCCUGAAAGCCAUCAGAAAAUGUCCCAGUGUCUUCAACCUUUAGGAUUUAAGUCAUGGGUUUAUACGUGUAGGUGAGAAAUAUUUGAGAUGUUUCAGUGCCAGAAUUUAAAUUGUUUUGUAAUUGUUUUUCUAACACAUGUUCCAUUUUAUAUCACUUUUAGAUAUAAUGAUACACUGCCUUUAGCUAGAUUUUUUUUAUGAUAUCUAAUUUAUAAUCAAGUCUUAAAAUUGAUAUGUCUUAUUUUAGACACAAGUAUUCAUUGUAUUGUGUAUUUUUGGAUGUCAGCAAUCACUGUACUGUGUCUUGAUUGUGUCUUAUGAGACCAUAAGGGAAAACUGAAUGUAGGUGUUACAUAAGUGUACUACAGAUGAAGGUACCGCGAUAAUGUAUGUCUUUGUGAGAUAACAGUGCUUACUACUGACCAGGAUGUAAACACAGUGGGAUUGAGUUUAACAAACAUCUCUUGGGGACAGAGCGGCAGAAACAAUCUUAUUUUUUAUAAAAGCACAAUUUCCCUCAUAACCUUCUUGAGUUUCAUGUGUGAAACAUUGAAUAAUGAUGUGAUAUCUUGGUGGCCACUAUAUAAAUCUCUCUUGUCAAAUGUUCCAGACGGAUGGGAGUAACUUGGUGGUAUUUAUCAGGGCGCGUUGACCUUUGCACACAGUACGUGGAGCAACAUAUACGUGUUAUCGCCAUUGUUAUCUUUUAAAAUACAGUAUAAUAUGCAUCCAGCCUCCCUCAAAGACGAUAAAAUAUAGUGUUGAUUACCAAACUGCAUUUUCACGGACUUAACAGCCAGAAAUAAAAGUUAAAUGUCACCUAUAUGGUCUCAUCCAGGGCUCUCCAACAAGCUCAAGGUUCAAAGAAUAUAGAAAUAAGUUUAUUAACACGAUGUCACUUUGUUCAAAUUCACAGACAUCCCGCCUCCUUCUGAUGCAAAAUAAUUACUAGCCAUUCAGCUGCCAGCUCAAUCUGGAGAGACAAGUCAAUGCAGAGACAGUUAGCAGCUGUUUAGUAUAAACAGGUGAUGAAGUCGUUGGUGUUUGGACUGUACAGGGAGAUUUGUAGUCGAAGGGCGUCUGCCCUGAGCAGCAGAAAGAUACAUUCCAAGUAUUUAGGAAUUCGGCAAGUAGCUACUGUCUUUUUUGGUUGCCAAGUAACUAAAGCUGAGCUUUAACAAAGCUAGCUAGCAGUUAAACAUCCACUGAAUAACAAUCUGAAACUGUUUAUUUCCAAGUAACACAUACAAGGAAUUUGGCUAAGUGAUGGUUGCGUAACAGUAAACACAGUGCAAAAGUAUAAGACGGUGAAAAAUCUGAAAUAUUCACAAUAAAAUAUGGUAAAUAAACAAAUAAGAGUACCUUAAAAAAAGUAUAUUUUUAAAGUGUCAAGUGUUUAUUAAUAAAGAAAAAGGAUGUGUAGGGGUAUAUCUGUGAGAAGUUGUCUUGGGGAUGUAAGUUUGUGAGUCUUUGAACUGUGUCAAAUUCAUUCUUAAACUACAAAGCAGUAUUUUAAAAGCAGGAGCUUCCUUUGAUUUUCGGGUAUAGUUGCCCCUUUUUUGCCGUAGUUUGCACGUGUGCUUGAACUGCCACCAUUAAUAUCCACAUGUCCUCACAUAGCCUACAGAACACCACUGUUGACCGUGUCAUAGCAUAUGAAUAAACUCU